AUGGCAGAAAGGUCUCUUUCCAUGGCCAAGUCCAGAGCAAAUGACAUAAUCAUCCCAGACCCUACUCCUGAGUGGGUGUGUGAUGACUUCUUCGACAAGUAUGCCAAAUUGGAGGCCAUCUUUUUAAAAGAUAAUGUCCGGUGCUUCCUCCGAUUAUUCAGGAACGGUGGGGCCAAGGCCAUGUCAUGGGAUCUUUCCAUCACAGCAGAAACCUUAACCUUCUUGGUCAGUUUCAAUGCCCUGCAAUGUGCACAACUUGUGUUGGAGGGCGAGGCACCUGAGCUCCGUGAGAUGCACGCCAAUCCCAACUGCAUAAACAAAUAUGGAUACUUCCCGCUCCACCAAGCUGCUGAAAGGUUCUCUGUUGACAUGAUCAAGCUGCUUUUACGUCAUGGUGCAUCAGCCAAUGUACGCACAGUUGGCAAGGAAAUUAUUGAGGAUCUACUCCCGCUGCAUGUCGCAGUAGAGAAUACUUGCCUGCAUAAGUAUCUGGAGGACAAUCUGGAGGACAAUCUUUCUCCCAGCCAGAAUCAUCUGGAUUAUAUCUACAAGCUCAUCCGUCUGCUGUGUCUACCUGAAAUGAAGAUCUUCUUGGAUACAACUAGACUACUUGCAGAAAAAACAAAUAAUCUACUUGAAGAGCUCUGGAAGUACAUUGAGGAUGGAAAACUUAUCCAGUCUGCAGUUCUACUACUGGCUACUCAAGAGCAGAUACGUGGAGGCUGUUCCUCCAGUAGUAAGAAAGAUGGGUUUGACAUUAUCAAGAGCAGUAUACUGAGGCUUUCAUUUGCCUUGAUAUGGGGGAAAGGUUCAAAUGAAAUGCCACAGAAGCUUCUGGAGGAAAUGAAGGCACUUCAUUGCGCAGGGCUGCUUGUUGAUGUAAUUUCCCGUGUCGGUGAACCUCUUUCUGCAUACAUUCAAGCACAUUCAGAGGUGCCCCAUGCUGAGGUCUUGGAACAUGUUUCAUCUAUCCUGAAGGAGUAUGGAUUUUGCCCUACUGGAGAUUCCAUGGACACUUUAACCUGCCAGCCUUAUGACUGCAAAAUGUCGAACGGAGAGUCAUGUGGGUCUACAGAUGCAAACAGGGCAGCUAUGAAAACAGCCAAUCUGCAUGCUGCAAAGGAAAAGGCUGCGAGAAAGGAAGCAGGUGGAGGAUGGGAUCCCACAUAUGCAAGGAGAAGUUUUUCCCCAUAUUGGAGAUCAGUGUUACAAGCCCGGUUUCCUGUGAAGGUGUAUCCAGCCUAUGCAAGAACAGAUGCUAGGUCUGGGCUUGAUCUUGAACAACUCCGUGUCUCUCUGAGAAGCUCAAAGGCCAAUGGAUCUACUCCAACUCCAAAUAUAGUCCUUCCGGUGCGAAGGAUCUCACCACUUACAAAAAAUAAUCAACCCACAAGGCGCUUUAUCACUACUGUUACUGGUGCAUUCAAGCUCUUGAAGGCUCUAAAGUAG